AUGUCUCUUUCGCAACAGAUCACUCUUCCCAAUGGGGUCUCGUACGAGCAGCCCCUUGGCUUGUUCAUUAACAAUGAGUUUGUUAAAGGUGCCGACGGCAAGACCUUCGAGACCAUCAAUCCCCACGACGAAAAGGUCAUCACUGCCGUCCACGAGGGUACCGAGAAGGAUGUCGACAUCGCCGUCAAGGCCGCCCGCACCGCCCUCGAGGGUGAAUGGAAGCACGUUACCCCCUCUCAGCGUGGCCGCCUGCUGACCAAGCUGGCCGACCUCCUCGAGGAGAACAUUGAAACCCUGGCUGCCAUCGAGUCGCUGGACAACGGCAAGACCGUCUUCUGGUCCAAGGUUGACAUCAACAACGCCGCAGGCUGCAUUCGUUACUAUGGUGGCUGGGCCGACAAGAUCGUCGGUCAGACCAUCGACACCGAUGAGAAGAACUUUACUUUUACUCGCCACGAGCCCGUUGGUGUCUGCGGCCAGAUCAUCCCCUGGAACUUCCCCAUGUUGAUGUGGUCAUGGAAGAUCGGCCCUGCCCUGGCUACCGGUAACACCAUCGUCCUCAAGACCGCUGAACAGACCCCUCUGUCUGCUUUAUUCGCCGCCACCCUUGUAAAGAAGGCCGGUUUCCCUCCCGGUGUUGUCAACAUCGUCUCUGGUUUCGGUAAAACCGCCGGUGCCGCCAUUUCUAACCACAUGGACAUCGACAAGGUUGCCUUCACCGGAUCCACCCUCGUUGGUCGCCAGAUUCUGCAGGCCGCCGCCAAGAGCAACCUCAAGAAGGUCACUCUCGAACUCGGUGGCAAGUCGCCCAACAUCGUCUUCGCCGAUGCCGACUUGGAUAAUGCCAUCUCCUGGGUGAACUUUGGUAUCUACUACAACCACGGUCAAUGCUGCUGCGCCGGUUCCCGAGUGCUUGUCCACGAAGCCAUCUACGACAAAUUUAUCGAAGCCUUCAAGAAGCGUACUCAGGCCAACAAGGUCGGCGACCCCUUCGGUAAGGACACCUUCCAGGGUCCUCAGAUUUCCCAGAUCCAGUACGACCGCAUCAUGGGCUACAUCGAAGAAGGAAAGAAGGCUGGAGCCACCGUCGUCACUGGCGGCGAGCGUGUCGGCGACAAGGGUUACUACAUCGCACCCACGAUCUUCUCCGACGUCACCAGCGACAUGAAGAUUGUUCAGGAGGAGAUUUUCGGACCCGUCUGCACCGUCCAGAAGUUCAAGGAUGAGGAAGAAGCCAUUAAGCUUUCCAACACCGGUACAUACGGUCUCGCCUCGGCCGUGCACACGACCAACCUGAACACCGCCCUCCGUGUCUCUGGUGCUCUACGCGCCGGUACCGUUUGGGUCAACAACUACAACAUGUUGCACUACCAGAUGCCAUUUGGUGGCUACAAGGAGUCUGGUCUGGGCCGAGAACUUGGCUCGUAUGCUUUGGAGAACUACACCCAAGUCAAGAGCAUUCGUGUCUACCUUGGCGAUGCUCUUUUCAGUUGA